AUGUGUAAGAAGGAGAAGGAAGCUUUCGGACCGAGAAUUAUUCGGACGUUGGGUUCACAGUCGUUGAGUGGUUUAAAUCCUUUAUCCAGCCAGCCAUCCUCUAUAUCACAGUCUCCUGCCCAGGUAAACGCGAACUCUACCACUCUCUCAACAGCAUCGCCACCCGGUUCUACAAGCUCAACUUCUAAUUAUCGAGUAGCCCAGGCCUGUGACAGAUGCCGUUCUAAAAAGACAAGAUGUGAUGGCAAAAGACCGCAAUGUUCGCAAUGUGCGGCUGUGGGGUUCGAGUGCAAAGUUAGUGAUAAGCUCUCACGUAGGGCUUUUCCUCGUGGAUAUACCGAGACUCUAGAGGAGAGAGUUAGAGAACUUGAAGCCGAGAACAGAAGGCUGGUAGCGUUGUGUGAUUUGAAGGAUGAGCAGUUGCAUCUCGUAUCAAAAUACUCAUCUAACAAGAAGCCCGACCCCGCCGCCAAUGAAGAUGAACAAAUGUUACAGCAGUUGAGUUCAUCAAAUGGAGGAUCCCUACGUGUGAGCUCUACGAAUUUGUAUCUGUUGAAUAAAACAUCUCCAACAGAUGGCCUUGGUGUGACCCCCCACCAGUGUGACGGAAUCGGCUGUAGCCACUCCUCGCAUCCUCAUUUACACGAAAAACCAGUUAGUACAAAUCUGAAUGAUCCAACAGCUAUAUCGUUUGAGCAAAAUGAAGCUCCCGGACUGCCUGCCGUAAAGGCCUUGAGUUCCAUGGCAAACCACGAAUAUUCCAACCAACUUGCUACCCUAGUGGCUCUUUCAGUUCCUCGCUCUACAGAAGAAAUUUUAUUCGUUCCUCAACUCCUUGCUCGCGUUGGGCAGGUUCAUGGUUUGACAUCUAAACAAUGCUUAUACACUGCUUCCUUACUUGCCUCGUUAAAGGAUUCUCCCCAGACAAAUAUCCCUUCUAGCGAUGCACUAGAACAGAUGAAAAAGAAGAACCUUUGGGAGAUAGAUGAUCCUAUGGGGUUCUUUCUUCAUUCAUGUAAAUUCAACAUUACAUCAGAGUCAGGUAAUGAUACCCUAUCUAUCAAUGAAAUUGAUGAAUUAUGCUCCUUAUUUUUCGUCGAAUGUCAUUCAAUGAUUCCUAUCCUAAAUGAAGACGCAUUCUAUAAGUAUUAUAACAAGUUCAAAGAGAACUUGACAUCUAAGCCGGACUUUUUUCAUGAGGGAAGUUCGUCGUUUUCACAAAGGAACAAGGCUAUUUCAUACAAAAUAUUUGCCUGCAUUUUGUUGGUUGUAUGUCAAAUGGGUCUAAUGAUCAAAAUAAAGCAAGAGCAACUUCCAACAACUUCGAAGUUAUCACAAAUUAUGAGUUAUUAUGUGGGGGCUAUAUCGUCCUUAAAAUCCAAUCCUUACUUCUCUGUGAAAACUACGUCAAUUCAAUCGUUGCAGUUAAUGUCUUUGCAACUAUUUUAUUUCCUGAACAUAGGCGAUAUCUCUUCUGUGUAUGAACUACGUGGCAAAAUUGUUACUAUGGCUCAACAACUGAGAUUACAUCGUUGUCCAAGCGCGGUAUUAGGAACUGAUGGUUCAACUAUGAGCAAGGUUGAACAGGGUGAAAGACGUGUAUUAUUUUGGGGAAUUUAUUAUUUAGAUGUCUUUGCGGCUCUUCAGCUUGGUGUACCGCGUUUACUGAAGGACCACGAAAUCGAGUGUGCCCUCCCCGUAUCCGAGGCCGAAGAAGGUCACGCAGAUUUAGGCGGGCAUGCUAUUAAACUAGAGGGCCAAGUGUCGAAGUUUUCAUUGUCAAUUUUGAGAUUUUCGAAAGUUGUUGGUAACAUUUUAGACUCUAUUUUCAAGCGAGGCAUGACUGCGUCAAUAACCAAGCAAGUUGCUCUAAUACACGAAAAUGCUCUAGAUAAUUGGAGGCGUGGGCUUCCCAAGGAAUUGAAAUUCCAUCUUGAUGUCAACGGAACCAUUAAUAUGGACGAAUUCAACAAGGUUAAGCAUUGGAAUCAAGAUUCUACUACCUUCUAUUCUCGCGAGAACACAAUACUUUUGGCAUUGUACUUUCUGGUUAAAUGCAUGGUUCAUUUGCCAGUCUUGGCAGCUAGACCUCUGAAUGAAAAAACACCAACUCCUGUGGUUGACGCUAAUGGCCACGACGGAGCGGAUAGGUCUUCCUCUUCUUACGUGCUAUUACAGCAAGCUACAAACACGCUCCUAAAUGUUUUGUCCUCGCUGAGAUCCAUAUAUUUGCCCUUAGCGAUUAACACGCCAAGAAUCAAAUGUCGUUUCGCUCUACUGAGUGCAAGAGGUAGCUUGGAGUACACCAAAGGCGGUGCGUUAUUUCAAGACAACAAGGCUCUUCUCCUUGAUAUAAUCAAAGAGUUAGAGAUUGACACACGACUAGAUAUUCCUGGAAGUCUAUCGUGGCACAGUUUGAAACUAUUAGACAUGACAUUGUCGUUGAUACUGCAACCUCCACAUACCAAAGCAGAGAAACUGGACAAGAUGCUACAAAAGAAGUUGAACUAUUAUAACAAGCUAAUGAUGAACCCCUCUAAUCUAUCAUCAAAAAGAAGAAGCGAUGACAUGACUUCAAUGGAUCCACCUAAAUUGACCCCCAUCAGUUCUAAGAGUAAUAGCCCACCUGAAAAGAAGGUAAAACUAGAAAAAAAUUCCAAUACCAAACAUGUAUCAAUUCAAGAACAUCUCCCCACAGUCUCAGAGAAGGAUCACACUGAAAUUUCUGCAACACACCACAGCCAGCAUCAGAGCAGUAUUGCCGAAGCACUCCAACUGGACCCCGUGUUAAAUAGUAAUCCAUUUAGUAACGGGGAUCUUUCAUCAUUUUUCAAUUCCGAAGGGGGCGUGGCAAAUUUAAGCGGAGGCGCUUCGGCUAUGAACUUGCUGAAUCCCGAUGGAAACACGUUGAGUACUCCGGUCAACGACGGACUUUUUAGAGUGCCCAGCAACGGCGAUUUUCUCAAGGAUUACUACCACAUUCCAGGUGCAUCGUCGUCUCAAUUGAACCUGAUGUUUAUGGGUAAAGGUCAGAACACAAACAAUGCCGCGGGCAGUAAGCCACAACAGGGUGGUGCGGCUAUCCCCGGCUUUGGCUUUGCUGUGGACGCCUCUUUAGGUCUCGCACCACUAUUAGCCUGGUCCCCGGACACUCAACAGAGGACCGGCUCUGAAAGAGUCCAGCUACAAGCAGACAAUUCCACAGGAUUGUCUGAACCUGCCUCGGGCCCCAAUUCCUACGGUGGAAGAUUAAGGUCCACUCCUGUGCUCCCCAGUUCUGCCACAGAAAUGGUGCGCAGUGCUUCAAUUCCCACGAGAAAACAGCAAACUGACCUCCACGAACCAGACCAGCAUCUGGAAUCUACCGAUGACACAGUAAUUACGAUGCCUGCUCGCUCGCACCGCGGACCCAGACGGCGUUGGAAUUCUACAGGUGGCUCUGCCGCUAUUACACCUCAAUCCGAGCGCUCGAAGCCACAAAACCCGUCAGAGACUGACGACAACCUACAGGACCUGUUUUGCUGGCAGAAUUCAGGUUUCUAG